AUGCAUGCCUCUUCUACCGCAGUCCUCGCCUUGGGCAUGUUCGGUUUCGCCACCGCCGAUUUUUACAUCUACGCCCAGACGAGCUAUGGCCUUCAGGACGGUGGAGGAGCCGCAACUCGUGCCGACGGCUUCAAGUUCUACAACGGUCCUCCGUCCUGUGACGAUGUGAAUAGCUCCAUCUAUCAGCACGCCGUCGACGACGCCAGCUACUCCGGCGUACGGUGCAAGGGCUGCGUGAACGCAGGCGGGAGCGCCAACCCCAAGGCCAGCAGGGCGCCAACUCUGCUGGAAUGGAACAACGAAAUAGGACACUUCAGUGAGUGCAGAUCAAAAUUUAUCUUGCCGUCUCGUGGACUUGUGCUGAUCGGAUGGGCAUCUAGCCUGGUACGCUGA